AUGACUUUUCAGAUGUCUUUCACAAAUUUGUUAUUGUCGUUAUUGAUUUACUCAUCAUCAGAAGUGAUUGGUGCUUAUGAGAUUGAUCCGAAAGGAUAUGUGGUUUAUUGCCCUUGUAUGGGACGUUUUGGGAAUCAAGUAGAGCAAUUGCUGGGCUCGAUAUCGUUCGCACGAGCGCUUAAUCGAACUCUGGUAUUACCACCUUUCAUUGAGUAUAUUCGUGGACAACCGAAAAAAAUGGUUGAUUAUGAUGAAUAUUUUCAAGUGGAACCUUUCAAGCAAGAUUCACUGCGAGUAAUUCUUAUGAGAGACUUCAUUCAACAAAUCGCACCCCGAAUUUGGCCAUUGAACCGAAGAAAAGUGUUCUGUUGGAGUGCUCAUCCGAGUAUAUACAAUAAGAGUUUACCGUCGAGUUGUCACGCAAAGGAAGGUAAUCCAUUCGGACCGUUUUGGGACUAUUCUGGGAUUGACUUUAUUGGAGAUAUUUAUUAUGGAGAGGAAAUCAACGAGGGUUUCAAUCUU